AUGUCGAAUGUCACUUGUCUCCAACCUUCAGACACCGGUCUCUAUCUCGACUGGGUUCCUUCCCAUCUCAAACUUUGUCUUGAAGAUGAAGCCAAAAUUAUUGCCCCGAGGGUCGCAAUAGAAAGAGUGCAAGAUAAGAUCUUGAAAUUUGACGGUGAUGAACUCCGCACUGGCCCCGAUACAGAAGAUGCUCGAUACGGCUUCGAAGAGGAUGAACAGGAGCCCUAUUAUAUGUCCAGCCUUGGUUUAGCAAUAGAACGUUGCGUUCUUCCUGCUUCAAAAACAAUGGUGCAAGCAGAUAUACUUUUCAAUCUUCCUCCGACUGAACAGUACUCAAAAUCCAAGUCCUUGGCACACGUACCAUUUGUAGGGAAUUUCGGGCCAUUUUCUUGGUCCCACAGAAAUUUUGCCUCUGCAAAGGGCGAAGAUAAACAGGCAAUGCAACGACAUAUGAAGACCGCCGCCAGUUGGGAUUUUGAGAGAAUGAUACCUUGUCAUGAAGAUGUUAUUGAAGUUGGGGAUAAGAAUGCUUGGAAGGCUGCAUACAAAGCUUACUUGAAUUAG